AUGUUUGUUACAGCACUUGCUCUACAAACUCGGUAGUCUAGCUGCACUGUUGAAGCGUCACGGACACGUUGUUUGUUUUCCUCUCCUAUUUUCGACUUUUGUUGUUUCUUUGCUGUUAUUUCAUCUCAAUGCAAGGACUUACUGGCCGCCACAUGCGCGAGAGCUCUGCUGGAAACGCAACAUUUUCAAUGUAGUUUGAACAUUUUUUGUAUGAUUUUUAUUUUCAACGUGAUUUGUUUUGGACUUGGCGAAUCACUGUCGUGCGUAGCUCUACUAUAUCUAUGACUGUUUUUUUUUUCUCUAGCAAAUCAUUUUAUAAUUCGCUUAACUUAAAUUCUUGUUCCGAUGAAUUGUAAUAGCAAAAUUGCAAAACAAAAAGUCAUCCAUGACAUGGAGGUCACGCGGUGUUAGCUUGUUAAAGGAAAACGAGAACUGAUCCUUACAGCUGCUCUGAUAGGGCUGAAUAUACAAUACCCAGGCCAAUCGAACCAAGUUUUCUGGUAUGGUAUAACAACAAUAGCCUCAGUGCUCGAGGGACUCACGACCAAAUUGGAGACACAAAACUUUGGAGCAGGAAAGAGAAUGGCGUGGUGGAGCGAUAGCUUGGUGACAGCACCGGACCUUACGCAUUUCCUCUCAGACCCAAACCAUAAUUUAGCCGUGGGAGUAACCUAACAACACUGGAGAUUCUCAGUGUUUGACCUAUUUAGAUUUAGACAAGAAACAAAGAAAGAAUUUGACAAAGGCUGUGUCUUAGACCCCUGUCUAACAGGGUCACAUUCAUUCACCAUGGCUACACUUUCCCUCAAGAUAAGUGUGGUGGACCAGAGUGCUAUCAAGACCAUGCAGUUCGAACCGUCCACCAUAGUCUAUGAUGCCUGUAAAAUAAUUAGAGAACGCAUCCCAGAGGCAAACCCUGGCAACCCGUCAGAGUAUGGCCUAUUUUUGGCAGACGAGGACCCUAAAAAAGGAGUUUGGCUGGAACAAGGCCGCAGUUUAGAAUAUUAUUUGUUGAGGAAUGGGGAUUUAUUAGAAUAUAAAAGAAAGAAUAGAAUUUUGAAGGUGCGCACAUUAGAUGGAGUGUUAAAGACACUUCAAGUGGAUGAUUCUCACACUGUAGGCUCACUAAUGAUAACCAUCUGUACAAGAAUGGGCAUAACAAAUCAUGAAGAGUACUCUUUAGUCAGAGAUUUGCCAGAUGAUGAGAAAGAGAAAACUCUAACCUUGAAGAGGGACAAAUCCAUAGCAAAAGACCAGAAGAGGCUAGAAGAAAUGAAGAAAAAGCUGCACACUGAUGAUGAAUUGAAUUGGUUGGAUCAUUCGAAAACAUUGAGAGAGCAAGAUAUUGAUCCUAAUGAAGUCCUUUUGUUGAGAAGAAAGUUUUUCUACUCUGAUCAGAAUGUUGAUGCCAGAGAUCCAGUUCAGUUGAACUUGCUUUAUGUACAGUCUAGGGAUGCCAUUUUGAAUGGAACCCAUCCUGUGUCAAUGGAAGAAGCCAUCCAGUUUGGUGGACUUCAGUGUCAGGUCCAGUUUGGUGAUCAUGUGGAGUCUAAACACAAACCUGGAUUCUUAGAUCUCAAAGAGUUUCUCCCCAAGGAGUAUAUCAAGAUUAAGGGAAUAGAGAAAAAAAUAUUUAUAGAACAUAAAAAAUUUGUUGGCAUGGCAGAAGUUGAAGCUAAAGUGAAAUACACCCAAAUCUGUCGGUCAUUGAAGACUUAUGGUAUAACUUUCUUCCUUGUCAAGGAGAAAAUGAAAGGCAAGAAUAAACUGGUACCAAGGUUGUUGGGUAUUACUAAGGAAAGUGUUGUCAGAGUGGAUGAAAAAACUAAAGAGAUUUUGAAAACCUGGCCACUAACAACUGUGAGAAGAUGGGCAGCGUCUCCCAACAGUUUCACUUUGGACUUUGGUGAUUAUUCAGAUACAUACUACUCUGUACAGACAACAGAAGGGGAACAAAUCUCUCAACUGAUAGCUGGAUACAUUGAUAUCAUCUUGAGAAAGAAAAAGGCCAAGGAUCACCUUGGUAUUGAAGGGGAUGACAACUCGACCAUGUAUGAAGAAAAUGUCCAAGCUGGACAGGCCACCAUCAUUCAGCACAAUAUGGCCAAUGUGAAGCAUCCAAGCUCGGGCAAUGUCUCCAUGCCAGGUUUGCUCCGAGAUGGUUACCAGGGAGAAAACAAGAUUGCUGUGGGCUCACUGCAGCGUGGACAGGUGUCCUCACAGUCUAAUAACGCACGGAGUGGUUCUGCAGCUCGGCAUGGUGAUACAGGCGAGUUUGGGGAGAUGAAUGGAUCCAGCAAGAGCUCCUCAUACUUUGACCUAGUGGAAGGGGGCCCCACUAGUGGAAUGCAGACAGGAUCUAGUGGACAGACUAUAAUUCACACUGAGCUGACCCAAGCACAAAGAGCUUUCAAACUGACCAUCUCUGAUGGUCUGGAUGCUAUAGACUCUGCCCAAGACAAUCUAAGUAAAAGAUCAGAGAUGCCAGUCCUUGGAGAUGAUCCGGCCUCUAAAAAGUGGCGGGAAAAUCAGUUAGAUUUAUCAAGACAAAGGGUUGGCUCACAGCUGUCUGCAAUGAAUGCGGCAACAGCACAGUUGGUAACCUUGACCUCUGGAGAUCAAGAGGACAUUGACUACACUGCUGUAGGAGCGGCUGUUAAUCAAAUUACAUCCAAUGUGGGUGACUUCAGUCGAGAUGUCAAGAUGCUUGCUAACUUGCAAGAAGAGGAUUCUGGUCAAAGGUUAUUAGAUGCUGCUCGUGGCCUGAUUGGUGCAUUUUCUGAUCUUCUCAGAGCAGCAGACCCCAGUACUACAGAACCUCGACAAAACUUAUUAACUGCUGCUGGAGUUGUUGGUGAAGCAACUCAGGAGGUGAUCAAUGAAGUGGGAGAGUCAGUUGAUGAUCUAGACAAGAUUUAUCAGGAAGCCUUGCUUGCAUUAGCUAAGGCUGUUGCUAAUGCCACAGCUUCCCUGGUGCUGAAGGCCAAGACUGUGGCUCAGACAGCAGAUGAGCCCGUUCAGCAGGAUCGUGUUAUCUCCUCAGCUACUAACUGUGCCUUGGCUACAUCUCAGUUAGUUGCUUGUACUAAGGUGGUAGCACCAACUAUUGGGCACCCAGCUUGCCAGGAGCAACUUAUUGAAGCAGCUAAACUAGUUGCCAAGUCAGUAGAAGGCAUUGUGGAAUCCUCUCAGGCAGCAUGUAAAGAUGACCACCUGUUACAAGACCUAGGCUCUGCUGCUACUGCUGUUACCAGAGCCUUGAAUGACCUGCUUCUGCACAUCAAGAAAGCUGCCCACCCUGCACGGGCUAAUGAGCAGCAUGAGGAGGCAGUGGAUACAAUCAUCAAUGUUACAGACCGUCUGUUCAGUUCAGUUGGGGAUGCUCAUGAGAUGGUGAAACAAGCCAAACAGCUAGCCCAGGCUACAUCCACCCUGGUGAGUGCCAUUCGAGGACAAGCAGAUGAUCACACAGACUCUGACACACAGAAGAGACUUCUGGCUGCAGCCAAACAGCUAGCUGAUGCCACAGCUAAACUGGUAGAGGCAGCUAAAGGAUGUGCCUCAAGUCCCAAUGAUUCAAACCAGCAACAGAUGCUAAGGACAGCAGCUGAAGAACUUCGUUCAGCCACCAACACUGCAGCAAGCAAUGCUUUGAAGAAGAGACUGAUGACUAACCUUGAGAACUGUGCCAAUCAGGCUGCUGCUGCAGCAACACAACUUAUCAGUGCAUCUAACCAAGCCUACAAGACUAAUUGUAAUCCAUCAUCCAAUCAACAAAUGGCCACAGCUGCACAGAAUCUGGACCAACAGAUUCCAACUCUGGUUCAAGCAAUGAGAGCUGUCCAGCGUCAUCCUGACAGUGCUACAGCCCAGCUGGCUCUCAUCAAUGCCAGCCAGGACUUCAUCCAGCCUGCAAGUCGUCUGAUAGGGGCAGCGAAUGCCUCAGCACCCACUGUCUCAGACCAGGCCGCUGCCCUGAACCUACACAAUGCUGUGAAGUUCAUGUCCAGUGCUGUGGCUGAACUAAGGUCUGCUGCAGGCAAGGCCCAAGAAGCUUGCACCUCUUUAGAAAUCGACAGUGCCUUGGAUCAACUUGGAGAUCUGGAGCAAGAUAUAGCAGAUAUCAAGCAAGCAGCCAUGUCAGGCCGGCUGACAAGACUUCCAGGAGAAACAGCUGAGGGAUGUGCCACACAGUUAGGAACAACAUCUAAAACUGUCGGCUCUUCUAUGGCUCAGCUUUUGACUGCAGCUGCACAGGGAAACGAAGAUUAUGUUGGUAUAGCUGCCAGGGACACUGUGAAUGCCCUUAAGAUACUAGUGAGCUCUGUCCGUGGUGUGGCUGCCACCACUGAAGACAAACAGAUCCAGCAGACUAUCCUGGACAACGCUAGGGAUGUCAUCAACCAGUCCAUCCGGCUACUGGAGGAGGCCAAAUAUGCAAUGAAUGACCCAAGCAAUCCUGAGAAUCAGCAGAGACUUUCCCAGGUGGCCAAGUCCGUGUCCAAUGCUCUCAAUAACUGUGUGAACUGCCUCCCGGGACAGAGAGACAUAGACAACGCUAUCAGGCUGAUUACACAAAGCUCUCAGAACCUUUCCAAUCCAAGGUUCCCUCCAACAUCUAAGAGCUACCAGGAGGUACAGAAUGAUAUGAACAAUGCUGCUGUCAACCUGAACCAAGCAGCCAGUGAUAUAGUGUCUUCAUCCAGGGUAACCACCCAGCACUUGGCAGAGUCCACCACUAGAUACAGCCAUCAUUAUGAAGACUUUGUCCACUCUGGUUUGGUCAUGGCUGGAGUCUCCAAAGACCUGGAGACACAAAACCAAAUAGUUGGAGGACUGAAGAGUGUCUCCAUGGUGUCCAGCAAACUGAUGCUGGCUGCUAAGUCUGUGUCUGCUGACCCCAAUGCACCAAACUCCAGAAACUUAUUAGCCCAGGCUGCCAGGGCUGUGACAGAAAGCAUCAAUCAUUUGUUCAGUAUCUGUACACAGUCAGCUCCUGGACAGAAGGAAUGUGAUAAUGCCUUGCGACAAAUCCAGAUGAUAGCCAGCAUGUUAGACAAUCCCAAUGAGCCAGUCAGUGACUUGUCUUACUUUGAUUCUCUGCAAGCAGUCAUGGAGAAAUCUAAGGACCUGGGUGAUGCCAUGACUGGUAUAUCUAACCAUGCUAAGAAACAGGACAUGGAUGAGUUCUGCAGCUCUGUACGGAACUUUGCUAACUCAGUCUGUGGUCUGACUGAAGCUUCUGUACAGGCUGCUUACUUGGUGGGAAUAUCUGAUCCAGCAUCUGAACCAGGACGUCCUGGUGUGGUAGACCAAACCCAGUUUGCUAGAGCCAAUCAAGCCAUCCAAAUGGCCUGCCAGAACUUGACCAAUCCAGCUAGCUCACAGCAGCAGGGCACCAACACUCAGGCGCAGUAUUAUGCCUCUUGGAAUUUGCGUUCGAUGGUUUUGUCUGCUGCAACAGUUGUGGCCAAGCACACAUCCUCCCUUUGCAACUCUUGCCGGCUGGCAUCUUCCAAGACUGCCAACCCUGUGGCCAAGAGGCAUUUUGUCCAGAGUGCUAAAGAUGUGGCCAAUAGUACUGCCAGUUUGGUGAAAGCCAUUAAGGCUUUGGACAGUGACUUCACUGAUGAGAACAGGCAGAAAUGUGCUGAAGCUGCCAGACCACUCAUCAAUGCAGUAGAUGAGCUGACAACAUUUGCCUCAUCGCCAGAGUUUGCCAGUAAACCUGCUAAGAUAAGUGCUCAGGCUCGUCAGGCACAAGAGCCAAUCACUCAGUCUGGUAAAUCAAUGAUUGAAGGCGCCUGCAACAUGCUGCAAGCGGCCAAACAGCUUGCAGUCAACCCCCGAGACCCACCUACAUACCAGAUGUACUCUUUCCAUUCAAAGAGCGUGUCCGAAUCCAUCAAACGUUUGGUCUCCUCUAUCAAGGACAUGGCACCAGGCCAGCAUGAGUGUGACAAUGCCAUUGAACAUCUAAACAUCACCAUACGAGACUUAGAUCAAGCAUCACUUGCUGCCAUUAGUCAGAAACUUACACCAAGAGAUGAGAAAUCUUUGAAGGCUUAUCAAGAACAGAUGAUUAACAGUGCUAGAGAAAUCUUAGACAGAAUAGAUCUGAUCAGACAGGCUGCUAAAGAGGAACCACAGAACUUAGGACAUUUAAUUUCAACUGUAUCCUCUUACUUUGAGCCCUUGACUAGGUCAGCCAUCGGUAGUGCCAGUAAAACUGUCAACUCAAAGCAACAGAUGAACAUCCUUGACCUUACCAAGACAGUAGCAGAGUCAGCACUUCAGUUUAUGUAUGCCUGUAAAGAAGGAGGAGGUAAUCCUAAGGCCUCACACACUCAUGGUCCUAUAGACAAUGCUGCUGAUGAUAUGAAGGAUGUCCUCCAGGAUUUACUACAGACAAUGGAAGAAGCUGCAUCACAGGCUGGUGUAGUCAACAGUAUGAUAGACACAAUUACAAAAGCCAUAGCUAGGACUGAUGAACGUCAAAUAGAUAGAAUGUCCAUCAUUGAAACCCUCAGCUUUGUUGACCACCAGACCAAUAUGGUCAGAUUGGCUAAACAAAUAGCCAGGACUGCCCAGGAUAUGAUUGGCAAAUCUACUACCAAUGUGGGACAACUGGGAGUGUUAGCCAACCAAUUAACUAGAGACUUUGUAGCUCUUGCAAAUGAUUCCUUAGGAGCUGCACAGGCGGCCAACAGUACUGAGAUUGGAAACAGGAUUCGCUCUACAGUUCAAGACCUUGGCAAGUCUUGUGUUGAGCUUGUACAGGAUGCUGGCAAUCUCCAGGGUAACCCAACUGACCAGUUCACAUUGAAAGAACUAAGUGAUCAUGCCAAGAGUGUCCAGGAAAGGGUUUCAUAUGUCCUGGCAGCCCUUCAGGCUGGUGCCAGGGGAACUCAGGCCUGCAUCAAUGCUGCCAGUACAGUCAGUGGGAUCAUCGGUGACUUGGAUACUACUAUCAUGUUUGCUGCUGCUGGCACACUCAAUGAUGAAGGGUCAGAGUCAUUCGCUGACCAAAGGGAAAAUAUUCUGAAGACAGCUAAAGCUUUAGUUGAAGACACAAAGACACUUGUGGCUGGAGCAGCUUCCAAUCAAGAACAGCUGGCAGCUGCUGCCCAGUGUGCAGUUAAGACCAUCACAAGACUGGCUGAUGUGGUCAAGCUGGGUGCAGCCUCACUUGGCUCUGAGCAGCCUGAAGCCCAGGUUCUACUGAUCAAUGCUGUGAAGGACGUGGCCUCUGCCUUAUCUGACCUUAUUAGUGCCACCAAGAAUGCCUCAGGGAAGAGUGUAAAUGAUCCAGCCAUGCUAGCUCUGAAAGACUCAGCCAAGGUAAUGGUCACCAAUGUCACCUCUCUGCUGAAGACUGUGAAGACGGUUGAGGAUGAGGCUGUCCGAGGAACACAAGCUUUGGAAUCAACCAUUGAAGCCAUUGGACAGGAGAUAAAAACGUUUGAUUGCUCUGAUGAUGUCAACAAGAAAGCUUGUGCUGAGGACUUGAUCAGGUUUGCCAAACCCAUUACCACGGCUACAGCUAAGGCAGUGGCAGCUGGCAACUCUGGAAGACAGGAAGACGUUAUUAGUGCUGCCAACAUGGGUCGUAAAGCUAUCUUUGAUUUGCUUAGUGUGACUAAGGGAGCAGCAGCUACAGCAGAAACAUCAGAGAUCAAACGCCGGGCUAUUAAUGCUGGACGUUCUGCGGCUGUUUCUUAUAAGGAGCUCUUGGAAGUGGUGUUAGUGGUGGUGAACAAGCCCUCAGUAGAAGGCAAACAAAAUUUGUCUUUGAUUUCACGUAAGGUUGCUAACUCUGUCACAGAACUAGUUCAAUCUGCUGAAGCCAUCAAAGCUCAAAUCGAUGUUUGUUCCUUUUAUGAUAGAAAGGCAGCGAGCCGCUCAGAUUGGGUGGAUCCUGAUGACCCGACUGUCAUUGCGGAGAAUGAGCUCCUGACCGCGGCAAGCUCCAUUGAAGCUGCAGCCAAGAAGCUGUCCCAGUUGAAGCCAAGGCAGCAAGCCAAGAAAGCAGACGAAGAGCUUGAUUUUGAGGAGCAGAUAUUGGAAGCAGCCAAAUCUAUAGCUGCAGCCACUGCAGCAUUGGUGAAGUCUGCCUCAGCAGCACAGAGGGAACUGGUGGCUCAAGGCAAAGUGGGCUCCACGUAUACUAGAUCUGCUGUGGAUGAAGACGGACAAUGGUCACAGGGUCUGAUAUCUGCAGCCAGGAUGGUUGCUGCUGCAACCCACAGCCUGUGUGAAGCAGCCAAUGCCAUGGUCCAAGGCCAUGCUAGUGAAGAGAGGCUCAUUGCAUCUGCUAAAGAGGUAGCAGGCUCAACUGCUCAGUUGCUCAUGGCCUGCAAGGUCAAGGCUGAUCCUGGCUCAAUGGCCAUGCAGAGGUUACAGGCUGCUGGCAAUGCUGUGAAGAGAGCAACAGAAGCUUUAGUGAAGGCAGCACAACAAGCCAAGGAUCACAAUGAUGAUGAUACUAGUCUGACUGUCAACAAGAGAAUGGUUGGAGGCAUUGCUCAGGAAAUACAAGCACAGGAAGAGAUUUUAAGGAAAGAAAAAGAAUUGAUUGAUGCACGGAAACGGUUAAUGAAGAUUCGCCAAGACAGAUACAAGGACAGACCUCCAGAGGAUGACGACUCACCAUCUUCUUUUUAACUUGCCUUCUCACUUUCUCUUUCAUGGAAUUUGUUAGCUUCCAGGUGUGGUUUGACUUGUGAAAUGUUGUAGGUAGAGAAAUAGUAGCUAUGUAGUCAGCAAUGUUAUGUCCAGAGACAACAUUGCUGCUUGGAUGGCAUAGAAUCUUCAAUUUUUAUGUCAUGAUCGAAUCAAGACUUUUUUAGAAUGUCUACUGUCAAAAUAAAAUAGCUAGAUGACAUUGAUGUCUUGGAAAGUAGAAUGAUGGAGUGAAAUGACAUGACACUAAUGUCUUGGAAAUGUAUGUCUGUGAAUGUAGACAUAAAGGAGUUUGUAAAUGACAUUUGUCACAAGAAGGGGGGAAAAAAAGCUAGAGCUAGACUGCCUUCUUUUCAUCCCACCCCCCCUCCCAACUGUACUUAAUAGUUGCACAAGUCCCAUUACUCUCAUCUCCUUGUUGAAUUGUGUCCCCUGACAUGUGAUGUAGUCCCUGCCCAGUGUCUUAUGGUGCUAUUCUAUUUCCUGUAACAUUCUUAUGUACACAACUUUUGAGUUUCUUGUUUUAUUCUAGUGUCAUUCUACAGUAGUGUAGCUAUGUUUAGAUGUUAAAUUCACUGAAACCUGAGCAACAGGAAGAGUUACCCUAAACCUGUUUCAUCAAAUCUUACGAUUGCCACAAUAUGAAUAUAAUUAAAAUGUAUUUUUCCCUAAAACAUAGUAGUAUUUCUAACUGCAAGUGCAAUUUAGUGAUUGCAUAUCUUACUGUGUUUUGAAAUUAUUGAGUCACUGAGUACUUCCAAAAUAAUUUGUUUAUCUUCUAAAAUAUUCUCUGAAUGUUUCAUAUCAACUGAGUAUUUCAGAAAACAUUUUUUUUUUGUUGGGCUUGAAUAGUAGGGACAAGAUAUACCAAUUCUGAUAGCAAGAAUUUCAUUUAAAAAAACACCACUUUUGUGGAGCAGUUGUAGUUCCAUACACUGUUAAACUUUUUAUUGAUUUCUAAUUGCCUUUCUGUUCACUGUUUUGUUUCUCAUAAUAUUUCUCUUGAUAGCCUAAUAGUUCCCUAAUACAUUUCAAUUAUUACUAACUUUAUUUAAAAAAAAUUGUUUUUAUGGGCACAAUAUUUUAGAAUGAAUAUGUUCAUCUUGUCAGGAAGUUGUUGCGCAGCAGUCACUUUAUACACAUGCAGCAGUCAACUCACACUCACAGCAGUUAAGUCACACUCACAGCAAUCAUCUCACAGCAGUUAAGUCACACUCACAGCAAUCAUCUCACAGCAGUCACCUCACACUCACAGCAGUCACAUUAGCACAGUGUGUGUGUGUUCCAGCCUUCUUCUCCAGCACUCCUCCAUUGUGAGCUGUCCAUCAGAACAUUUCUGUUCUGUUUUGAAAGUGUGUUGUUACCCAAGUUACUUUCUGGCAAUGUUUCCGCUACAGCCUUCUAAGUGCAUUUUAGAAAUCAAACAAAAAAUGUAAGCUGAUGCUGGGUAUGAAAUAAUACAGAAAACAGAAUGACUACUAGUUCUAUAGAUCACUAAAAUAAAAGUAUAAAGCCACAUGAUCUUUGUCAUCAAUAGUAUAACACAAUUUAACUAGAUAUAGCCUGCACUAAGUUAAUGAAUUAUCACAAAAUGUCUGUUUAAUGUUAUGUCUAAAGAACCUAUCUACCCAAUGUAGGCCUUCGUGUGUCUGGGACCUUUAUUUUCCUAUAUUGUGUCUCUUGCUACACAUUUUCAAUGUAGAUCUUCUAAUAAUUUAAUUCUCAAUAUGGUAUCUUUCACUUCAUUUGUUUCUUGUAUUAUUCCAUACACUUUAACGUGAGCCAGCAAGGAGACUCCCAACCACAAUAGUGCUGAAAGGUUUGCUGAUCAUCUGGUGCCACAAACCAGCUCUUAGAUGUGGUUGCUCUGGGUGGGUCAACACUGGUGCCACAAACCAGCUCUUAGAUGUGGUUGCUCUGGGUGGGUCAACACUGGUGCCACAAACCAGCUCUUAGAUGUGGUUGCUCUGGGUGGGUCAACACUGGUGCCACAAACCAGCUCUUAGAUGUGGUUGCUCUGGGUGGGUCAACACUGGUGCCACAAACCAGCUCUUAGAUGUGGUUGCUCUGGGUGGGUCAACACUGGUGCCACAAACCAGCUCUUAGAUGUGGUUGCUCUGGGUGGGUCAACACUGGUGCCACAAACCAGCUCUUAGAUGUGGUUGCUCUGGGUGGGUCAACACUGGUGCCACAAACCAGCUCUUAGAUGUGGUUGCUCUGGGUGGGUCAACACUGGUGCCACAAACCAGCUCUUAGAUGUGGUUGCUCUGGGUGGGUCAACACUGGUGCUCAUUGUUGUUGUUUCUUUGCUCCUAUCUCCAUUCAAAACAUAUCAACUUUAAGACUGAAUGAAAGUUUCUGAUCUUAAGAGAUCAAGUUUUUUUUGUUUUUUUUUUUGUUUUCUGGUAGACAUCAUGGCUUCCCAGAACACUCGUUUGGAAAUGUGUUUUUUCAACUUGUUACCAAGCAUAUAUUUUUUUUAGAUUUACAAUUUGAGUUACUUGUAUUUUGGCCUUAAUCAUUUAUUUACAAGACCCCCAAUGGGGUUGCAUUAAACGUUUUGGGAAGCUCUGAUGUUUGCAACUCUGCAUGACCCCAAGUUGCUACAAAGUGUGUAAUAGUUGCUCCCUUUGUGUAUAACAGUUUCCUCAUUGUAUAACUGGCUACUCUAUCCACUCAGACAUUAAGUGUAUCCACUGUACAUCUCCAUAAUCUUUUUAGCCAUACAUAAUAGCCUAGCACUCAUAUUGACAUCUAUUUUAUUUAUUGGUUACUGCCAGUGGCAUUAGAAAGAGGGCUUCGAAAACAGCCAGGGGGAAUGAAGACGUAACAUUAAAAGUUUCCCUUUUGGGUCUUAGAGUUAUUGUUCUUGUAAAGAGUUCUAUUCCUCUAAGUAAGAAGAGAAUGGCAGAAGAAACAUUUUGUGGAAUGUACUGUUGCAAAAGCCCUCUGACCUGCUGCCAUUGCCUAGUACUCUGCAUUAUUUGAUGUAUAUAGCGGCCUUGAAUGAUAUUGUAUUAUAAUGUAUACAGUAUAUAUAUAUAUAUGAGCUUAUCAGCUUUUGUUUUUCUAUUGCGAAAGAGCCUGUUGUUUUGUUGGCAGUAGUUUACUUUUCUAUUGGUGUAUAAAUGCAUUGAUCAGUUGUAUUCUAUAGAUGUUACACAUACUAGCUUGCUAUAUUUAUAUACUAAAAAUGAUUUUGUUUUUGUCAAGUUUAGUUUCUUUACAAUUGUUCUUGUCCACUGAGCAUAAUUAUACAGGCCAUGUUUUUUUUUUUUUUUGUUUUUUACUUGACUAGUGUUAAAUGUUAUUGAAGAAUUUAUUUUUAGGGAAUUUUUUGUUUAGGGAUUUGAACUGAGAUUUUACACAUAAAAUAGUUUAUUAAUAGUCACUAACAGAACAGGACUGUGAUGAAGUUGUUUUUGUUUUUUUAAAAAGGAAAUACUAAAACUAUUGACUAAAAAUAUACUUAUUAAUUUAAUAAACAGUAACACCAAAUCCAGAUGUAGUUGUUUUUUCAUUUGUCAUAUUGGUUGAGUCAAUAAAGUAUCUACUUUCAUAGUU